AUGAACGUCACAAAGAGUGAUAAUUUUUUAUUACCACAAUUGAAACUUAAUAAUAUGGUUUCAGAAUUACAAAAAGGUCUCAUAAAUGACAUGUAUUGGCUUCUUAAAGAAUCUAAUAAUCACGAUGCGAUAAUAAAUAUUGGUGAAGCUCCUAAUGUAAAAAGUUUUAAAGCACAUACGAGUAUAUUAAGCGCAAGGUCCUUAUAUUUUCGUGCUAUAUUAUCGAACGGUUAUUUGAAUAAAAGAAAUUCAUUAAUUGAAAUAACUCAAUCGAAUAUUCAACCAGAAGUAUUUGAGGUUAUCUUAAAAUUCCUUUAUACAGGAAAAAUAUCUCUCAAAAAUGAAAAAGAUGUAAAAUAUUUAUUCGAUUAUAUCAUCGCGGCGGAAAAAUUAUGGUUAUAUCAAUUGAUACAAUAUAUUGAAAAUUAUAUGAUAUAUCAAUUGACUGAUUGGUUAAAAUCAAAUUUCGUUUACGUUUUAAUUAAAACACAUUCAAAUUCUUCAUCAUUCAGAUUAUUACAUGAAUUCGUUAAUGAUAUGUUAAGAAAUCAUUCUUAUUUAUUAUUCGAUUCUAAUCAUUUUAAUAUUAUCCCUGAAAAUAUUUUAGUUCAAUUAUUACAACAUCGUAGAUUUAAAGAUGUAACUGAAGAAAAAAUUUGGAAUACAGUAUUAAAUUGGGGUAUAAAUCAAAAUAUUGAUCUACUUGAAAAAGAUAUUCGUAAUUGGACUCCUUUAGAUUAUAGUAAAUUACAAACUAGUUUACAACGUUGUGUUCCACUUAUUCGUUUCACAAAUAUUCCUCCUAAAAUAUUUUAUGAUCUUGUUGAACCUUAUAAAGAAAUUUUAACGCAAGGACUUUAUCAAAAGAUUAUGCAAAAUACAAUGUUUAUUACCUAUAAUAGAUUGAUGCCUCGCUCUCUUCCUUUACAAUCACUAUCUUCUUCCAAAUCAUCAAAAACUUCUCAGAAACGUGAUUCAUUUUCUUCGAUUCCAUCUCCGUUAUUACAAGCCUUUCCCAUGCCACCUCCUAAAGAGGAAUCAUGGCUAUCUUCUAAAGAGAAAUCAUUACCUCCUCCUAAAGAGGAAUCAUGGUCACCUUCUAAAGAGAAAUCAUUACCUCCUCCUAAAGAGGAAUCAUGGCCACCUUAUAAAGAGAAAUCAUUACCAUCUUCUAAAGAGGAAUCAUGGUCACCUUAUAAAGAGAAAUCAUCACCACCUUCUAAAGAGGAAUCAUGGUCACCUUAUAAAGAGAAAUCAUCAUCACCUUCUAAAGAGGAAUCAUUGUCACCUUCUAAAGAGAAAUCAUUGUCACCUUCUAAAGAGAAAUCAUUGGCACCUUACAAAGAGAAAACAUUAGAUGAAUUAAUAUUAUUUACCUCGAAAAAUAAAUCUCCGCCAAAAUCAACUGUUAAUAAUAUCCCUGAUACUACUGAAAGUCCCACAUCCAUAUCAAAAUCUACUUCUACAGCUACGUUGAAAUCAAAAAAUUCUAUUAAAAGAAGUGGUUCAAUUAAAAAACCGGAUGAAUUAUUAGCUAAAAUAACAAGUAGCGUAUUAUCAUCAACAUAUACGGUCCGAAGAAAACCAAAAUCAUCAUCAAUGACAUCAUAUCCAAUUGAAACUUUAGAAAAAAGUUUAUUAUCAGCGGAAGAAAAUCUUAAAAGAUCAAAUACUACAAAAAAAUCAGAAUUUUCAAACUUUGAAUCAAUUUUAGAAUUAAAAACCUUAAAAUCAUUUGGUCCAGAAAUAGAUGCAAGUCCAUUAACAUUACGUAAAAUGAAAAGAAUUUUAAAUAGAAAAACUUCAAUAGUUUCAAGUUCAUCAUCAAGUUCAACUAUGUCAGUUUCUACUUUACCUAGAUAA